AUGAAUGUAUAUAUUUCCAAGUUUUUAAGGAUGCAACACUUUUACAUUUGUAAACUGUCAAAAAUGAAGUCACACUAUUUUCAUGCAUUACACUACUGCCACCUUCUGUGUUGCAACUGUGAGGGGGAAAGACUGCUUCAUGAGGAUGAGUUCUGCCUCCACCUCGUCCUCUCUAUCUCCGUCUGCGUUGGCGUGCCUCACACCUAUCCUCGCUGCCUGCAUUCUCACCUCGUCCAUGGAGUAUAUCCUCGUGAUCCUGUUCGAGCGGACGACUUCCCCAUCCACCACGCCAGACGCGGCUCGCUCUGGGAAUGUGAUAUGCGCUUCUGUCGGCUUCUGUGGCUUGCUGUCCGUGCCUGUGCUCGCAUCGUACACAGACAACCCGGCAAAGUCACUGCCACUCCUUGGCUUAAUCUCCUUGAGCACAGCGCUUGUGAUGAGUCAGCUGUACUUGAUGUACAUGGGGAUGAGCCACUUGAGAUUGUUGUCUGUCAUGAUAGAAGCCUUCUCAGCAGACAUGGCCUCAUAGCUGUUCCUCGUGACGUUGUACAGCUUCUUGUCACUGCCAUUCUGUAUCGAGAUCGUGUCCUCACACCACGACGUUGGUGGCCUCAGGCCGAAGAAGACCAUCGUGAGCUUGACCAUCAUGACAACACACCUGUCGACGAUGACUGCGUCGUCCUUGUUGUUCACGAUGCAGAGUGCGGCCCUCAGCUUCCUCCCUUCUAUCACGCACUUUGCCAGCGAGUACAGCCACUGAUGCUUCUUCAGGAGCUGUGGGAAGUUGAGAUUGAACCACUCGCACUUUGGCUGGUUGUCCUGUCCGUUCUCCAACGCCGUGUACGUCCACACGCUUCUGUCGAAGUCGUAUUCGUACGACUGGAGGACGAACUUGUACUGUGUGCUUCCAUUAAUGUCUCUGAUGAAGACAUUGAGUGGGUUGGUAUCUUUGUUUGCCCAGCCAUUCUUGUCUGCCAGCACUCUGAGCCUGCAGUCGUUGACCAUCUUUGGCAUGCUCUCGUGUUCCAGUAUUGUUGCAUCUUCCACGAAAGCAGACACGUGUGGCGACUUCUGGUUGAGAAUGCCAGAGUUGCCUGUCAUCAUGAGGAAGAGCACGUCCUCGCCGCCAUCCCUCUCCUUCUUGAAGAGGUCGGCACACAUGGAGAGGCAACGGAACGAAGCAGAGAAGCGUGGGGACGUGACAGUGAGUGCCUCCUGUAG